GCUAGAAACUCUCUCGGUAUCGCGUUUGCGGCUUCGUUCUCGAGUGUCCAACGGAUAGUGCAAUCGUCGUCGUCCCGUUAAACGUGAAGAACAACUCAAAAAGUGGCAAUCUCGUUCAUGGCUACUCCUUACUCAUCUGCUUCCCUUACUCCUCACGAAAAAGGAAGAACAUGUAGAUACACAGGUCAAGCAGUGAGAGCUCUGCCUAUACGUGUGAUAACAGUGGGGAAAAAGAGAGCAGAAGGUGUUCGACUCUUGGUCGAUGAGUACAAAGCCAAGCUUAAACCGUAUUGCUCCUUUGAGGAUUCUUUGGUUCGCUCCAAUCCUCGAAAUGCUCAGGAUGUUAGAGCUCAGGUUGAGGAUGAAGAAGUGGCUGUGAUGAAGCUUAUUGGGCCUGAUGAUUGGGUUGUGGUGCUUGACGAGAGAGGCCGUGACGUUGAUUCAGAACAGAUGGCUGAGUUACUUGGGGAUGCAGGCAAUAGUGGAGCUUCAAGGAUAUCGUUUUGUAUAGGUGGAGCUUAUGGACAUGGAAGUGAAGUGAGGAAGCGAGCUAAUGUGACCAUUAGACUCUCCUCUAUGGUCCUGAAUCAUCAGAUAGCUCUUGUUGUACUUUUGGAACAGCUUUACAGGGCAUGGACUAUUCUCAAGGGGCAAAAUUACCAUCAUUGAGGGUGCAUGAUUCUACUUUUUGGGUUCUCUCUUUCUUUGCCAUCUUCUGUCUAAAGAAACUACAUUGCUAAAUAUAGCUUCUUCGCUGGUAGUUGUAUUAGAGAUUGUUUAUUGAACGUCGAACAUUUGCAAGCCAAUUUUACGUGCUUCUGAUCCAGUUCAUAUUAUGGUCAUCAUUGAGUGGGACGUCUGUUCUUGUUUGUUGCAUCACUAUUUUUUGGUUAUAUAAGGACUGAAUGAAUGAAGAAGCAACCGUGGCUAUUCAACAAAUGAUCCUUCUCCAUAGAUAUCCAUCUAAAGGAAGGAGAGACGAGACACCCUUCCCUGAUUAAGAUCCUCUUUCCUUCCUCUUGCAGAUCUAAUGCUAAGAAAGAACGAAAAAUGAAGAAACUGAUUCCACUAUUAAGAUGACACUAGAGCUGAGACAAGAUAGGAACCAUAUCAGGCCGUAGCUUAGGCAACGCGACAAGUGGCUCAGCCUUAGACAUUGCCACACCAAAAACAUGCCUCAUGUCUAUAUCUCCUUCAUCUACCUUCUCCCAAUCAAAACACUGAACCAAUGCUCCGACAGCAAGCGCCACUGUCCUCAUUCCAAAUCCAGCUCCAGGGCACGCUCUCCUCCCAACUCCAAACGGCAAGAACCUGUAACCAUCUCUAUCGCCAAGAAACCCUUCAAAUCUCUCAGGCUUGAAAACAUCCCCGUCUUCCCAAAGCUCACCGUUUCUAUGAACAUCCCAGGCAUUUACGAACAACAUUGUGUUUUCCGGAAGCUCGUAGUUGCCUAAGUUGAAUCUCUUUGAUGAGCAGUGAGGAAGCAAGAGUGGAGCUACAGGGUAUAGCCUGAGCGUCUCAUAGAUGACACACC